AUGGUUUCAAGAAAUUACAGGCCAAGUACGGAAAAGUCUAGUAUUGGUUUGAAUCGUGAAACAUCAUCGACAUCUGUCUCUGAAACCCAACCUGAACAUGGUGUUGAAGGGUUGGAAAAUGUGGUUCUACACAAUGAAGAUGAAUCAAGGCAUAAAGGUAAAGUCAAAUGGGGCAAGGAAGCCACUAUACUUCUGAUAAGUGGAUGGUUUAAUACAUCUAAGGAUGCCAUUGUGGGGAAUGACCAAACUUCUACACAUUUCUGGGCUCGGAUCGCAGAAUACAACAACACCAACCAAAAAGGCGAGCAAGCAAGAACUGGAAGUGGUUGGUCUGAUGAGCAAAUUCUUGAGAAUGCACAUCAAUUGUACAAAUCUGAAAAUAACAACUCAAAUUUUCUACUUGUGGACUGUUGGAGAUUGCUAAAGGAUGAGCCGAAAUGGAAUACAAUGUACCAACCAAAAGGUGGUCAGAGAACAAAGGUGUUAGAAUCAGGGGCAUUUACUUCUUGUUCCAAUGCAGACAUCAGUGAUGAUGAUGGGUCAUGUAGAGGACACCAACGUUUGUUCGAUGACUACUUUUCUGAUGAACCGGUGUAUACAGAAUAUCAAUUUCGAAGAAGAUUUAGAAUGCGUAGACAUGUAUUCCUACGCAUAGUGCAAGCUCUAGAAAAUCAUUCAGAGUAUUUCCAUACCAGGUUUGAUGUAGUCGGUAGAAGGGGGCUUUCGCCAUUACAGAAGUGCACCGCUGCUAUGCGAAUGUUGGCAUAUGGGGCACCUGCCGAUUAUGUUGAUGAGUAUGUUCGAAUUGGUGAAACUACAGCUAUUGAAUGUCUAGUCAAUUUCGUUCGAGGAGUGAAUGAUAUUUUUAGGACCGAAUAUUUAAGACGGCUCAAUGCUGGGGACAUUCAUCGCUUACUUCAAAUGGGGGAGGUGCGUGGUUUUCCAACCAUGUUGGGAAGCAUUGAUUGUAUGCAUUGGGAAUGGAAAAAUUGCCCAGUGGCAUGGAAAUGUCAAUUCACGCGAGGUGAUCACGGCAGACCAACAAUCAUGCUCGAAGCAGUUGUGUCACAAGAUCUUUGGAUAUGGCAUGCAUUUUUUGGUGUUCCAGGAUCCAAUAAUGAUCUCAACGUGUUAAAUCAAUCCCCAAUAUUCACUGAUAUCUUACAAGGACAAGCUCCGAGAGUUGAGUUUACGAUAAAUGUCACACAAUACAAUAAGGGGUACUAUAUAGCAGAUGGUAUCUAUCCAGUGUGGGGUACAUUUGUUAAAAAUAUCCCAGUGCCUCAAGGAGAGAAAAGAAAAUUAUUUGCCCAAUGCAAAGAAGCGGUCUGUUCAUCAUUUUACUGGGUUUGUUCAACUUGGAUGAGCAUGCAGAUUAAGAAGAUGAUGAACAAUGGUUUUGUGUUUUAG